AACAAGUGUUGUGAAAUUGAACUUUAUUUCGGAAAUUGCAAGUUAAAUAACCAUUAAGUGAAAUGGCUCAUGCUAAUUUGGAGAAGGGUGAGCUGAUGAGUCAAGUGAAGCAACAGAUUGCAUUGGCCAAUGCCCAGGAGAUGCUAUCCAAGAUGACCGAGAAGUGCUUCAAGAAGUGCAUCAGUAAGCCUGGCAAGGCUCUAGAUGGUUCCGAACAGCGUUGCAUAUCACAGUGUAUGGAUCGUUUUCUAGAUACCUGGAAUCUCGUUUCGCGCACCUAUGGCAAUCGCCUGCAGCGUGAACAGGUCAAAUCGUUGCAGAAUGAUGCGUUGAACUAAACUACGGACAUCCCAUGUAUAAAUUUCAUUCAAUUAAAUAAGACUCUGAAUCAAU